CGCGCGGCGCCAGCCCUUCCGCCACGGCCGUCUCUGGAGAGCAGCAGCCAUGGCCCUACGCUACCCUAUGGCCGUGGGCCUCAACAAGGGCCACAAAGUGACCAAGAACGUGAGCAAGCCCAGGCACAGCCGCCGCCGCGGGCGUCUGACCAAACACACCAAGUUCGUGCGGGACAUGAUUCGGGAGGUGUGUGGCUUUGCCCCGUACGAGCGGCGCGCCAUGGAGUUACUGAAGGUCUCCAAGGACAAACGGGCCCUCAAGUUUAUCAAGAAAAGGGUGGGGACGCACAUCCGCGCCAAGAGGAAGCGGGAGGAGCUGAGCAACGUACUGGCCGCCAUGAGGAAAGCUGCUGCCAAGAAAGACUGAGCCCCUCCCCUGCCCUCUCUCCCUGAAAUAAAGAACAGCUUGACAA